AUGUCUAGCGGGCUGUCUUUUGCUGAGUUGGAGGCAGCUGCCGGGGCUGUCAUUGUAAUCCUCAAAACCAUACCGGAAUUCUCGAAACUCCCGAAUCGUCUCUGGAGAUACAUUCGUAACUACCGCACAACUGAGGACGUCGACUUCCUCAUAACUGUCCAGAGCGCUCCCAAAGCAGUAAAAGAUAAACUGCUUGCUUUGCCAUCUUCUCCAUUCCAACAAACAGCUCAGCUUUUUUACUACAAAGGCUCCAAUGGCAAAUUAAUUCAGAUAGAUAUUACUCCUGAUUGGCAGUCGCCCUAUGUCCCCUCUGGCGCGAUACCUAUAUCGACUGUUCGAUCGAAUGCACUGCCAUAUAUCUCGGAGCUUGAUCUACUCAUCUUCAAGAUCAACAGCUGCGGAUUACGACCCACGCCAGGGAAAAAGUUGCGUGAUGCAACGGACGCCUCGGAACUUCUAGAAGAUCUUAGUACCAAGGGGCCUAUUGUGCUUUCGGUGUCUCAGAAGAAUGUUAUACUUCAAUGUUUGGAUGACGUGGCUCGAAUGUCUGGGAGAGAUAAAGCCUGGUGGAUUGCGAAGCUGGCUCUGAAUUAG